UCCAUGUUCUUACCCAGUUGCUGCCUGCUGCCUGCUGGAUGCACGGAGGGAUGCUGGAAGGAUUAUUGCUAAGCCCUUCCCCCUUCCCUCUCCCCUCCUCUUCCAGGACAACAUUGACAGUCCCGGGGGAAAGAGAGGAGAGAAGGGAGAGGGCAGGAUCCACCAGCUCUCCACCAGCGAGGCUCAGGAGAGGAGCUGCCCCCAGAACACCUUGGCUGAGCAUCCCUUAGCACAACAUAUGUUACAUCAACACUCACGGCUGCUUUCCACUUCCAGGAAAGACGAGAAGGAGGAAGAGGGAAGGGACGGGCAGCUGCGGAGUGCUCCAGGGAUUUUCCAUGGAAUGGAUGCUGGUCCCCCCAGCAGCUCCGUGUGCGGGAUGUGAGCAUCACCUGCGGGGCAGCCUGCCUCCCGGAGCUGCCCUGCUCCCAUGAUCCCCCUGCUCUGAUGCCGUUCUGGAUGUCCCGGUGAGAACUCCUAGAGAUGCCUAUUCUCUCCAGAGGCAGUGACCAAGACUAUAGCUACAACUCCUGCGAUUCCUUGAGCCACCUCCUUCCCAUCUGCGUGGAAACCCCUUCUGUCAAGGGGGUCCAUUACCAGAGAGCCAGGAGGAUUUACCGCCCUGACCAGGUGUGUGCAGCCGACCUAAAGACAGAGAUCAUGAUCAACGUUGGAGGCAUCAAGUACCUGCUGCCUUGGAGCACUUUGGAUGAGUUUCCCCUGACCAGACUGAGCAAACUAAAGCUUUGCAGCAGCUACGAGGAAAUCAUCCAGCUGUGUGACGAUUACGACGAAGACACGCACGAGUUCUUCUUCGACAGGAACCCCAACGCUUUUGGGAUGAUUGUCAGCUUCCUAGCAGCAGGGAAGCUGAUGCUCUUGAGAGACAUGUGUGCCUUGUCUUUCCAGGAGGAGCUGAGGUACUGGGGCAUUGAGGAAUCCAACCUGGAGAACUGCUGCUUUCGGAAACUCUUCCAGAAACUGCAGGAGCUGGCCGAGAUCCGCAAGGAAGAGGAGCUCCGGAGGAGCAAGGAAGCUUCGUGUGUCUUGGAUGAGAAAACCAAAUUUGGGCAGUUCAUGAACAGACUCAGAGAUAUGGUGGAGAACCCGCAGUCAGGACUGCCAGGCAAAGUCUUUGCUUGUCUCUCCAUCCUCUUUGUGGCCACCACAGCUAUCAGCCUUUGUGUGAGCACAAUGCCGGACUUAAGAGCUGAAGAGGACAGGGGUGAGUGUUCCCAGAAGUGCUAUUACAUCUUUGUCAUCGAGACCAUCUGCGUGGCCUGGUUCUCCCUGGAGUUCUGCCUGCGCUUCAUCCAGGCCAGGAGCAAGUGUCAGUUCUUCAAAGGCCCCCUGAACAUCAUUGACUUCGUGGCCAUCUCCCCCUACUACGCCUCCCUCAUCUUCUCCGAGGACGACUCCAGCGAGGAGGAGGACAGGCCGAGCAGCAACACGUACCUGGAGAAGGUGGGGCUGGUGCUGCGGGUGCUGCGUGCCUUGAGGAUCCUGUACGUGAUGCGGCUGGCGCGGCACUCGCUGGGCCUGCAGACGCUGGGGCUCACCGUGCGCAAGUGCACCCGCGAGUUCGGCCUGCUGCUGCUCUUCCUGUGCGUGGCCGUCACCCUCUUCUCCCCGCUGGUGUACCUGGCUGAGAACGAGUCGGGCAGGGUGCUGGAGUUCACCAGCAUCCCCGCGUCCUACUGGUGGGCCAUCAUCUCCAUGACCACCGUGGGAUACGGGGACAUGGUGCCACGCAGCGUGCCGGGACAGAUGGUGGCUCUGAGCAGCAUCCUCAGCGGGAUCCUCAUCAUGUCCUUCCCUGCAACCUCCAUUUUCCACACCUUCUCCCACUCCUACUCCGAGCUGCGCAAGGAGCACGAGCGGCUGCAGUCGCGGCUGAGCCGGGCCAAGAAUGGCAGCUGCUCCAGGGAGAGUGACACCUUCAAUGAGACUGACAGCCUGGUCCUGGAGGGACAGACAUCCCCCAUCAAAUACAUCUACACAGGGAACUGAGCCUGGCAUCCCUAGCAGAUAAAUCCACACAGGGAGCUGAGCCUGGCAUCCCCCAUCAGAUAAAUCCACACAGGGAGCUGAGCCUGGAGAUGCCAUCAGAUAAAUCCACAAAGGGAGCUGAGCCUGGAGUCCCCAUCAGAUAAAUCCACACAGGGAGCUGAGCCUGGCAUCCCCCAUCAGAUAAAUCCACACAGGGAGCUGGGCCUGGAGACCCCAUCAGAUAAAUCCACACAGGCACCUGGGCCUGGCCUGGGGCAUUCCCAAAACCCCUGACAGGAAUGGGCACAUGUGUGUCAGCAAAACACACAAAGCAAAGCAACACCAUAGGUUACAGUGCAUCCUCUCUCCUGGCAUAGGUGUAAGCAGCAGCCAACCCAACAGAGCCAGCUCCAAAAAAUCCCCGUGGAGCUGGAGCUUGGGAGAAUGUAAAAUGUCAGACUUUAUUCAGUGAUAAAUGCUCAUUCUCCUCUAUGGCUACUAAGAAUAAACUUUGCCACUCAUGCAUCUUGCUGAACACCUAAUACUGAAUGAGUAACAAACAAACCAGCUGUUGGCACAAGCACACUUGUUAUUUUAUUUGCCUUUCAGUUUCCAGUGUUCUUGCAAUGAGCAUCCUGAGCCAGGCAUUAGGACACAUUAUUUCUGUGGUUAUCCACAGCUUAUCCACAGGCAUUCAGAUACAAAUCUGAGUUCUGUAUUUAAAGCCAGUAACAAGCUUAAAAUAAAAGCGCUGUAUGUGACAGCUUUCAAAGUU